AGUUGUGUCGGCUUCUCUCCAUUCGGUUAUAUUUUCAAUUUACCAGUCUUAAAACAAGUAAGAUAAAAACAAACAUUACCACAAUUUCUUAUCUAAAUGUGUUAUUAACAAAGUUAAAUACAUUUAAUUUAUUUAUUUACAGAAUGCCGUUAACAUUAUACUCUGUGUCCGAUGGACCACCGUCUUUAGCGGUGAGACAGGCAAUGAAAGCCCUUAAUUUGGAUUUUACUUUGAUCAAUGUGGAUUUUGGUCUUGGGGAACAUAUGACCGCAGAAUUUGCAAAAAAAAAUCCCCAAAAAGAAAUACCAGUAUUAGACGACAAUGGAUUUUUUCUUGGUGAGAGAUGCUUGUUCAAAAUUGGUAAAGGUUUAAAGCAUUGUUGCACAGCAGCAGAGACACAUAAAAAUGCCCUUAAAUUGAUCGUUAAUCUCCCAGAGAGGCAAAAAGAGCAAGUUAUUACAUCAUUGAUAAGCGACAAAAUAGUUAAUUCAGAAAAAUUCAGCGGCAAAAAACAAAUUUUGCAAAAUAAAACGAUCAACUUAGCUACAAAAGGCUUAAGGGAACGAUUGACUGUCAAUUCUAAAGUAAAAAAAGACGUAAAAUUUUCAUCUGGAGGUCUGUACCAUUAUCAAGUAGCUUCUGGGACUUCUACUAAUCAGAUUAAAUUGCUUACAAAUUGUAUACGCUGCUGUGCUGGGCGUAAGUCGGUAGCUGUCCGGUACAAAAAGAACUUGUCUACGGCUCUAGAGCCUCUCUACAAAAUUAAUGAAUUUGAGUUUGAAAUAGAAGGUAAAUACGCGGAUAACAAAAAAGCAAAGAGGCCGGUUGUAUGGUGUGAUGCUGAAGAUAUAUUAAAUGAGGUUAUUGAACGAAGAAAUGAAACUGGAAAUGUAGCUCUAAAAGUAAUGGCUGAUGGUGGACAGGGUUUUUUCAAAAUUUGCUUAACAAUUAUGCCUGAAAAUUAUAAUCCUGAUGAAAAUACGAUCCAUGAAAAUGAAGAGGAUGAAGGGGAUUCCAUAACCGAAAAGAAGAGAACUCUUUACAGCCAAGGUGGAAGCAUGGCGCCCAUAUUUUUUAAGUAUCAAAGAACACCAUUGAGUCUCAAAAAAACUUUCAUAGCGUUGGAUAAUUUUAACACUUAUUUUGAGCGUUCUAAAACUAAAUAUGCAGCUGGAGAUAAUAUUACCAUUGCUGAUUUUCAACUGGUAACGGCAACAAUGUGCUUAGAGGCCAUUAAUUUUGAUUUUUCAAAAUACACAUUGGUUAAACAAUGGUAUGAAACCUACAAAAAGGAAUAUCCAGAACUUUGGGCUAUCGUUAAAGGCGGAAUGAAGGAAAUCACUGAAUUUGAGAAAAAUCCUCCAGACCUAAGUCAUAUGGAUCAUCCAAUCCAUCCAACAAAAUAAGAAAUACUUUAUAUUUUAUACAAACCUAUUUAUUAAAUUAGGUACUCUUUGAUUAUAUUUGUUGAUCUUUUU